GCACAACGACUUUAUCGGAGCAAUAAAAAGGGGAUAGCUAACCUGAAGUAUAUAUGCUCUUACGUUUCGAAGACCCAUGCCAAACAGAAGGUGCAUCAUGAGAAUUCAAACGUUUCCUACAGAGUCACAUGACUAUCAGGGUUUAUCAAAGGAGGCAGAUGACCAAGACGAUGUCAGUCAGUUGUCAUCUGCCUGCCUCAUUUGACUUUUGGGACAGCUAUCUUAAAAAUCUUGAGAGGAAGGAUGUAAUCACUCACAGUCACUUUCUCUCUUUAAAACAGCUGCUACAACCCUGACAGUCAGGAAAUCAAAUGCAACCUUGCCUUGAAUAAAAUUAUGUAGUUUUUCUGGGUUUGAACAUUGUAGGACACAUUUAUGGAUAAUGUCGGCACACAGUGGGUCUGAAUGUCACGUUGCCACACAUUAAAGAUGGAAGAUCUUCUUACUGACUGGACCAAGAGAGGGAUGCAUCACUGAAGUCCUGCCUGAAUAGUGAACUUACUCUGAAAGAAACAAAACAACUUCCAUGUACUGUAAUGAUUUUGUUCAGUGUUGUGGUUCCACAUGACCACCCAAUACUGGAAUAUGGAAACACAGGAUAGCAGCAACACCAAGAGAGACAGAGAGAGUUGCAUGGUGAUCUUAUGUUUGUGUUAAAACACAGUGAUAGCCAAGCAGCAGCCUGUUAGGUGUAACAUUAAUGAGCCUGGAUCACAUCAUCAACAUCUGCUCUUUUUCAGGCACUAGUUCUCCUGGACCUGCACCAGAACAGCCUGGGCUUCCUUAACUCUGUUGAGAUGACAGUGUUCGCCCCAUGCUCCACUUCAGCUCACAUCAUUCCAAACAGCUAAAAGCAAAGGGAGAAUCGUCUCCCAGUGGUCAACAACAUGUGGAGGCAUUUGGUGGUAAAAAGGAUUCCUUUCCCAUGGUUGAGGAAGGGCAACACGCAGGAUGAGUCCAGUCCGCUCAUACCAAAGGCAGGCCCUGCAAAAGAGGAUGCUGGAGAACUUGACAAAGUCACCACUGAAUUUCACCAAGCAGGACCAAACAACGGAAAGGACAGCAACAGUGGUGUAUUUGCAAGACCCCUCUACAGAUACUCAUUGAUGGACUAUUUCCUAAAAUACUUACUGUUCCUAUGCAAUCUGGUGUUCACAGUUCUGGGCCUGCUGGUUCUUGGUCUGGGGAUGUGGGGCCUCAUCACUAAAGAGUCUUUUGCUCAGGAGAAGAUCGGCAGUAUUGGCACCGAUCCAAUGCUGAUACUUGUGACUCUGGGUUUAUUGCUCACUAUGCUCUGCUUCUCAGGCUGUGUGGGUGCCUUAAGAGAGAACAGCACCUUGCUGAAACUGUUCUCUGUCACUGUGCUGGUGCUCAUCGCGGCCCAGGCGCUGGCCGCCAUAAUGGCCUACAGUCUACAAGACCAGAUUGGAAGCUACCUACGGUCAGGGAUGUUAGCCGCCAUGGUGGGCUACCAGGAUGAUCUGGAUCUGAGGUUCAUUGUGGAUGAGAUUCAGUCAUAUCUGCAGUGCUGUGGGGCAGAUGACUACCGCGACUGGGAGAUUAACAUAUAUUACAACUGCUCAGCUCCAGGAGUGCUGGCCUGUGGCGUCCCUGCGACAUGUUGUGUGGAUCCUUUGGAGAACGGCACAGUGUGGAACUCUCAGUGUGGCGUAGGAGCCCAGACGCUGGAUGAGUUCACAGCUCAGAGCGUGAUCUUCCUGGGAGGUUGUCUUGGGGGAAUCUCGCGCUGGGUCGAGCAGCACAAUGGCCUCAUAGGGACUAUUGGAAUUGUUGUUGUCGGGGUUCAGAUUCUGACUCUGCUGAUCACUGCAAGACUGUUAGAAAGCAUCCACUGGCAUAAAGUUUACAUUUAACAUUUGGUGACGAAUAUAUCG